CGCGCUUGUUUUUAAGAAGCAAUCAUCCAUCCAUCAUCUUUUAUUUAUUAAGGUAUGCAAAAUGGAUGCUGAUGGUGAUGGAAUAAGACCAAGACGAAGGGCUGCUGCACCUCAAUUUGAUCAAUCAAUAGCAUCACCUUCACGCUCAAAUAGACCGAUCAGAGGAAGUAGGGCAUCCAAUGCUAGACGUAAUUCAAGAAGGAUGAAUGACGAAGAUGAAGAUGAAGAAGGACAAGAUGAUGAAGAGCAAGAAGAGGCUGACACUUACGCAAACGAAGAAGAUGACGAUGAUGACUUUGAAAGAUCAUAUCGUAGCACAUCCAAAUCAAAACAAGUAAAGAGCUCAUCCAGACAACGUACAACUUCAAACAUGGCAGAAUCCACUCCUCCACCAUCUCGCACAAAUCGAAAGGCAGUAAAAGCCGAAGAAGAUGAUCAUGAUGAGGAGAUGGCAGAUGUAGAGCCUGUAAGCAAUCAAAAGAGUUCCUCAAACGCACAGAUACGAUCACUCAAAGGCACCAUGAAAACAGAUGAUGAGAGCGCAACGCGUACAGAACGACAAGCAGACAGACCGGAUUCAGGAUGGAUAGAAGAAAUUGAAGAUUCACGCCAAGCAAGAACAAUCUAUAUGACAAUCAUCGACAAGAUUCGUGCUUGGCUUGCCGAAAGGGGUGAUAGACGCCUUACCGAAUUCAUGGAGACAGAGCCAAAGAACAAAGAUAGAAGGUAUUUGGAUUAUGUGCAUAUUCCGACGUCUUUACAACAGAUUGAAACGCGAGUCCAAACACCGGGCGGUGGGUUUGCAUCUUCGAUCGAUUUCGAGAAAGCAAUGAUGCUAUUGUUCAAGAAUGGAAGAAGGUACUUUGAGCCAGCGACGGAGACGUACGGAAAUCUGUUAAUCUUACAAAGGAUGUAUCAACACCUAACACAAUCAGUUGAUUCAGUCACUGAAGGAAUUGAGGAUGAGAUCAUUUCACGCAACUAUACUUCCAACAAGUAUGGACCAGGACAAGAAGGUGAAAACAGAGAUGCAGGAGAAUCGCCAACAGUCGGAUACCAGACCAAUGUUGCACGUCAUCAUUACAAGGGUAUGAAGAUUGCCGUUGGUAAUUGGGUUCAUUUGAUGAACCCUACCGAUCCUUCCCGUCCGAUCAUCGCACAAGUCUUCAAAACAAGAAACGAAGAUCUAGGUGAUCAUGAUCAAGGUUGGGUUACGGCAAAUUGGUUCUUGAGGCCUGAGCAAAGCAAGCAUCCACGUUCAAUGACAUUUUGGUCUAAUGAGGUGAUUAAAACAGGACAAUAUGUUGAGCAUCACGUUGAGGAUAUUUUGGAAGUGAUUUGUGUUAUUUUCUACACCAAAGCCAAUCGUGGCGUUCCAGCAGAAGGUGAAGGAGGUUGGCAUACGGGAGAUCCGCUCUACGUCUGUGAAAUGCGUUACCAGCCUGAUCGGGACGCUUACUUUAAGAUCAAGAAUUGGGCAAGCUGUAUGCCGGAAGAGGUACGUCAUAAAACAUUUGGAUUGAUCGAAUUUGACCGACCCAACCCACUGCCGGACAAAUUGCCAUCUCCGUUCUUACGCGGAAUUGAUGGACCGGGUGGAAUUGUGAGCGAUGUUCGACCUUCCAUCAGUAUGGUCAAUACAUCAAGCAGCAGGAACAUUGGAGCAACGUUGGCAAGCCUUUCUGGUCCUCGAAUGGCGCGAAGACCGGCAAGGAGAAUGGACUUGUCGGAAGGCGAGUUGGAGAUACCACAAUUGUUCAAAGAAUGGCGGGAUGAAGUGCAAACGCAAAGAAGAAAUUUCUUGAAAGCUAAACAACAAGAAAAAGCAGCUGCUUUGGAACGAGAAAAGAAUACAAAUGGCACAUUGGCACCGACAUCAGCAGCAACUGUUGAAGGUGAAACACCUCAACCGGAAGCUAUUGGUUUGAGUGGAAUGGGAGCUGCAAAGAAUUCUGCUUCACCGUUUGCUCGUACGGCUGCAUUGCCCAAUGCUACCGCUUCUCCGGCUGUUGCUGCUACGAGUGCAAAUUCUAAAGUGCCAGUGAUUGCGCCUUCGAUCGAUCGAAGUCUGAAUAUGGCAAUGCAACAAAUGGAUGCAAGUGCAUAUUUCAAAACGUUACCUGAACAAACUCAACAAUUGUUUCAUCAAGAUCCCGAAACGGGUAAUGUGGUUUGGUAUCCUGCUCCACCAGCUUUUGGAUCGAUGAGUGAAGCAAAUCUUCAAAAGAAAUGGAAUCAAGGUCAACGUUUUCAAGUGGGUUCUUUGGAUUAUUUGUAUCAUCUUGCGAAUGAAAGAGCUGGUACGGGUGCACAGGCUGAUCAUCAUCGAGAGAGACGUAGAAAGGCAGAUGAAGCUUCGAAGAAACGCAAGGAGCAACCUCAGACUGCGCACAGUGAUCAAAGAUCGCACAGACAUGGCAAAAAGGAAAGGUCUGCGUUGGAUGAUCUUCCAACGACAAAAGAAACAAUUGAUCAUGCUUUUUCUCAAGCAAUUGAUCAAGCCAGUCAUAAUUUAUCGAAAUACAUCGCCGUUGAGGAGGAUUAGUCUCUUUAUUGUAUCUAUGAAGUGUAUAUUUAUUCGAAUUGUAUGAUUAUGUCAG